AUGGUCGAAAGGAUUCACCGGACCCUAAAGGCGGCGCUUAUGUGCUCGCCCGCACGCUGGCCCGACGCACUACCGUUAGUGCUUCUUGGCCUACGCAAUGCCUUCAAAGAGGACCUGCAGGCCUCACCGGCGGAGAUGGUCUUCGGUCGAACCCUCCGUCUACCAGGAGACUUCUUUACUUCGAGCAGCCCACCGGCAGACCCAACAACCUUCAUCGGACAACUGCGCACAAUAAUAAGGGACCUAGCUCCCGUACCAGCGGCGGAUCACUCUGUGCACCGGCCUUUCACCUUCAAGGACCUGCGUACCUGCUCUCACGUAUUCCAGCGCAUCGAUGCUGUCAGGAAACCGCUGCAACCUCCGUACACAGGUCCGCACCGUGUCGUUUGCCGCAUUAGCGAGAAGGUAUACGUCAUCGACGUAAACGGUACCGAAAGAUCCGUCUCAACUGACACGCUUAAGCCGGCGUACUUGAGCAACACCAACAUCGCCCCUCCUAAGCCAGCUGCAGCAACGCUAGUUCCUGCACCCGUUCAGACGCCCCCUCAGCCACCUGCACCUACGCCCCCACAAGCACCGCACUCCUUGCUACCUGGGGAAGAUGAGGAAACACUGCCACCGCCCUUAGUUACGCUGCAAGACACUUCACCCCUGCCGACACCAGAAGCCUCAAGGAUCAGACACCGGCCCAACAUCCUUCGUAAGAUCGUCAGAUUCCGCUCGCCUCCGGCGUUCGGUCCAGAGGAGGGAGUGGCUGUGGCGUUCCGCACGAGGUCGGUGCUGACACCACUCGAGAGACAACGACGGCAAGAGGCGAGCCAACUUCCCGCUUGA